GCCAAGCAUGGUAUCUUUCCGUCCUGAUGAAAAUUUCCAAGUGUGCAGUGUCCUUGUAUUCUGUCAGAGACCCUUGGUGUCGCAGGCAGUCCCGGAGCAUCAGCGGAGCAAAGAGGGCAGAGUGUCCGGCUCGAAGCGUCACUGUCCUCGGACGUCAGGAACCACUGUGCUUCCCCUCUCACCAUCCCUCCCUCCUCCGGUGAAUGACUGAUCCCCGGCAUGUGAAGCCGCGUUCUCCUUGGAUGACCUACACGCCACCUCUCUCAGGAGCAGCGGACGUCUGUUUGUUAGGGCUGAACACCUGCUGGUCAGGAGGAGCGGCGGGGUGCGUAUUAAUAUACAGCGGGCAACAAGUCAAAGCGAGUCUCUUGCAGGCUUUCAGGCCGACUCUGGAGCAGCUGACCCGGCGGACAAAAUAAGACACGCUGCUAAAUUUUUUUUUCCCCAAUCGUGGCUGCGUCAGGAGGAGCAGACAGAGGGACUGGAAGUUGGCAGAGUUGACAGUCGACGUUCGCACCUCGUUAUUGAGACAAGACGGACAGGUUUUGAAACACGACAGGAUUUCUUGAGGUUACUGGCGUUCACAUGAUGUACACAAUCACCAGAGGUCCCAGCAAACUUGUUACACAACGGAGGACAGGUCCCACACAACAGAUCGAGAGCAAAUUCAGCGACUUGAAGCUCAAACCGACGUCUUGGCUCGCGUCAAACUCACCGCCCCCGAAGAUUGUGUUCAACCGCCUCAACGGGAAGCGCUACCACAGCGCGGCCACGCAGAAAGCCGACAGCCCACCCGAGGGAUUCACUCCCGCACAUGAGGAGAACGUCAGAUUUGUGUAUGAAGCAUGGCAGGAGGUGGAGCAGAAGCUGGGAGACGGGGACCGUGGGGAAUCAACCGACAGCAAGGGGCCCGUUCAGUACACUGAGAAGACCCCCAGUGCUGCGAUGAAGAACUUUGUGCCCAUAGACCUGGAGGAGUGGUGGGCUCAGCGCUUCCUUGCCAACAUUGCCAACCUGUCAUGACCGACUGCGGCUUUCAGCCGGGACAGGAAGCACUGCGUUGAUGCCUCCAUCAGUGAGGGCAUCACAGGAGCAGAGUCCAUGUCUGGGAUCUGCAGUGCAAAAGGGUCGUGUGUAAUUUGGAAUCUGAUUCGACGCCCUGCUGUAGAGAAAACUGGGUGCACAACACGAAACCGCCCUCUGAUGCAACAACAGCGACAUGACUGUUAACACAGCGCUGACUUGAUGUUGUGCUGCUACAAAGGACCCAUCUCUCUCUACUUGAAUGACGAAUUGGAUAGAAGUUGCGAGAUUUUUCUUGUUAAAGAACCCGCCUCCUUUCUCAAGUGUGCUCAGCUGUAUGUACGUCUUGGCUGAUCUUUGGAU